AUGACAUCUGUUUUCAAGAAUGGGCGCAUCUUCAUGCCAUCGCAAGGCUCAAAUAACGAGGGGGACUUUGCCGAAAGCAUGAUCAUCGAGAAUGAUAAGAUCUCCCAUGUCGGCUCCCUCGAUGGAAUAACCAUCCCAGAAAAUGCAACUAUCAUUGACCUGGAAGAUCGCACUGUCCUUCCAGGCUUCAUCGAUGCUCAUGUACACAUCCUUCAAUACGGGCAAUCAUUGCGCAAAGCGGAUCUCAUCGCAUGCACCUCCCUUGAACAAAUUCGUGAAACCAUUAAAUCUUACGCUGAAGCCCAUCCAUCUAUGCCGCACAUAUUAUGCAGAGGCUGGAUCCAAUCAUCCACCAACGGAGUCGCACUAGCAAGUAUGCUGGAUGGUAUCGACCCACGUCCCAUCUUUAUCGACUCCUUCGACCUCCACUCCAUGUGGUGCAGCGCAGCGGCUCUGGAUGAAAUGGGGGCUCAUACAGCCCCCGAUCUUCCCGGCGGAACCAUUCACCGUGAUGAAAACGGAAAAGCCUCAGGCCUACUUGACGAAUCUGCUAUGAUGAACCUUGCAUGGCCUUAUCUAGAAAGUGUUACCUCCACAGAAGACAAACUGAGUGCCUUGGACACUGCAGUUGCUGCAUACGCCGCUGCCGGGUAUACCGGACUUGUGGAUAUGGCUAUGGACGAAGGAACAUGGGAGAUUCUGAAUCUCUACCGUCGCGAUCAUACCAUCCCAUUCCACAUCGGCGUACACUGGCUGGUGCCCUUCUCAGCGGAUCAAAGCGCCAACCUCAAAUACGUGGAUCGAGCAAUCGAGUUACACAACCAGUAUAACCAGCCAGAUUUCCAUGUCCUCGGAAUAAAGCUCAUCUGCGAUGGCGUUGUCGACGGAUGCACUGCCGCUCUUCUCCAACCGUACACUGGUAAAUCUGAUCCCAUCGAACCAAUCUGGCCAGAGGAUAUGCUACAAGAAGUAAUCCAGCGUGCCGACUCAGCGGGCAUCCAAUGCGCAAUUCAUGCGAUAGGCGAUAGAGCAGUCCACCAAACAAUCAACGUGUUAUCGAGAGUCGGCACCCCAGGCCGAAGACACAGAAUCGAACAUCUAGAGCUGACAACCUCGGAAGACGCCAAGCGACUAGGUCAGCUGGGUAUCACCGCCUCGAUCCAGCCUGUGCACUCAGAUCCCAUGCUUUUCAAGGCGUGGCCUGGCCUUGUGGGCCCCGAUCGCUGUAAGCGCGCAUUCGCAUAUAAGGAAUUUUUCGAUGGAGGUGCUCCUAUUGCGAUAGGCACGGAUGCCCCUACUGCAGCUCACUUUCCUUUCCCUAAUCUUUACAAUGCUACUACUAGGCGCUCGGCGCUUGAGGCCGAGACGGAUGAUACUGUAAACGCACAUUUCAGGUUGGGUUUAGCGGAAGCGGCUAAUGCUGCUACGGCUGGUGCGGCUUAUGCGCGGUUUGCUGACUCCUGGACUGGAAGUGUACGGAGCGGAUUAUAUGCGGAUUUCUUAGUUGUUGAUAUGCAGUGGAGGCCGGAGACAUUGCUUGAGGCGCGUGUCUGCCAGACUUGGUAUCGGGGGAAGAAGACCUUUGAUGGAAGUGUCGACAGCAAUAGUUCAUAG